AUGCGGUACAAAACUCUGUGCUUUGGAUCCAUUUUUAUCUUCCUUGCUUAUCAUAGUUAUGUAGCCAUACCAGAAAACAUUGAAGAACCGUGGAAAGUGAGAAUCAUAGAUGCUGGCAUGAAAAUAUCAUCACUUAUGGCCACAUUGUUGGAAAAUAUGGGUCUUAUGAAAUUUGAAGAGUUUUUUGCCAUAUUAAUGGGAUUUCAAGAUACAAAGCCAGUUUCAGAUGAAAACAUUACAGUGAUUGACACAGAUUUCAGUGGCAUUCCUGUUCGUCUGUAUUUACCGAAAAGGAAGUCUGCAAAACAGAGACCAGCUGUGAUUUACAUUCAUGGUGGUGCCUACAUCUUGGGAAGUUUCAAGAUGCUGCCUUAUGAUUCCGUGAACCGAUGGACAACCAACAAACUUGACGCUGUUGUUAUGGCUCCAGACUACAGACUUGCUCCUCAGCAUCUAUUCCCAGCGGCCCUCGAAGAUUGUAUUUUUGUCGUCAAGUUAUUUCUCCAGGAUAAAGUUCUUGCAAAAUAUGGAGUGGAUCCCACUCGCAUCUGUAUUUCAGGAGACAGUUCUGGGGGCACCUUGGCAGCAACAGUGACUCAACUGGUAUGUUUUAAUGAUUCCCAGUUACAGAAAUUGCCAUUAACUUAUAUCCUCACAUGUGAACAUGACAUCCUAAGAGAUGAUGGACUUAUUUAUGUCACACGACUCACAAAUGUUGGAGUUCCCAUCACCCAUGAGCACAUAGAGGAUGGAAUUCAUGGGGUCAUAUCAUUUGCCACAGCACCAUUUCAUUUACAAUUAGGUUUGAGAUUAAUAGAUAAGUACAUAAUUUGGCUAAAAGAAAAUCUAUGA